AUGGCUGGCGUUGAUCCUCCUUUUUCCUGUGGGUGGGCAGCCCUUCUAGCUCUUUUCGCGCUUCUCCGCGCGCUCUCAACCACUCCCUGGCCCGUUUUGCGCAAUCGAAGCAGCACAGCCCAUACUCCCAGCACCCAAGGCACGGAAAGUAUUCGUAGUGUGACGAGUGCCAUUCGCGAUUCGAUCGAGCUCGUUGGCGAGAAUGCCAAGGUCUUCCAGUGCGAUGGCGGAUUAGAUGUUCGUAAUGACCGUCAAGAAAAGAGAUCUGCAGAUGUAUACCAGGCCAUCGAUGGCCUGGCCCGAUUUCCAGUACGCUUGGCCAGAGAAAAUGGCCCACAUCGAGAAGGGGAAGAAGGCCAGGGGGACAAUGAAGUCCCGAGAACUGGAUUCGAGAAAUUGCUAAAUGAUCAAUACGAAGCUUUCGAGGGCGUGGUUUUAGAAGAGAAGCAAGCAGAUGUGGAGGCAGCAGAGAUGGAGAAAUGGAAAAACGAAAACACAGCGAGCGAGAGACGCCUUAGUAAGCCAAGAUGCUCUUCUUUCCACAGGGCGGGAUCGACUCGCGAACUCAUUUACGCCAACGCCACCUUCCCCCCUUUACCGGACGACCCAGGCCAGCGAGCUUCUCGGAUAUACCUUUCAUUCACUCAGUCAAAAGACGGGACUGGGUGCAAAGGUUGCGCGCCGAAAAUCUUGCAUUCUUCGUUUUUCAAGAUGCUCUUCGGAUCAUAUAGAAACUUCCAAACGGCGCUAAAAGUACAGCAGUUCCCAAACCAGCGUGGAUAUCUGGCCCUCGUGCCCUCCAGUUCUCAACACACUGAGAACAUAUAG